AUGAAGUUAUGCCUGGCGCUCAGCGCUUUUGCCGCUGUUUCUCCGCAGUACUGUUUCCACACACCGCUUACUGUUCUCCCCGACGGUCUCAAGAACUCGUCAUUCAACUUCAACGGUCCACUCUACUCGUCGUUCAUCAUCGACUGCUUCAUCUAUCUGUCAUACUUCAUCCACUGCCUCAUCAAUCCGUUCAACAUCGAUUCGCCCUCCAGUCACAACCACGACAGUGACUACCAAGCGUUGCAAAAACCCACUUCGACUAGUUGGUCUACCAGUUUCAGAACGGUUCGUUCGUCAAAGCCGACUACUUCGACGACCUGGUCUACUAGUUUCAGAACGAGCCAUCCUUCGGAAGUGACCAAAAUUGUAACCAAAACCACCAAGCGUUGCAAAGACACUUCUACUUCGCACUCUCGUGCCAAGACAACUAUCACCACUAGUCAAGGA